AGGCUCUCUGGCACGCACGCUGCAGGCAUCUUUGCUGCGGGGAUGUUUUCGUUUUCUCGCCUCACAUGGCAGUGGUCCAUCGCGGCGGAGGUUUUCAGCUUAAACAAUCUUUUUGUGGGGCUCCUGAUGGUGCUCUCCGUGCACUUCGAGGCGGCGACUUCCCCGCAGGAGAGAUCAAAGGUCUGUAAGGUUGGAGCCUUUUGCUGUGGUCUGAGUUUGUGCAACCAGCACACCAUUGUGGUCUAUGUGCUUUGCAUAGUACUGUGGGUUUUCUGUCGCUUGUUCAGGGAAGGGGAACUGACCUCGGGCCACAUGCUGAAAUUGACUCUCUGCUUCUUGGCUGGCUGCCUGCCUUAUCUCUUCUUGCCUGCUUCUUCCUACCUCAAUAAAGCUCGCUGGACCUGGGGAGACCAGACGACUCUGAAAGGAUUUAUGACGCACCUUCUUAGGGAAGAAUACGGAACGUUCAAUCUGGCAAAAUCAGAAAAUGGAUCGAGUAUGACUGAUAUAUUGCUUUUUCAGGUGAUGCACGUGAGGGCGGAGCUUUCCCUCAUUGUCCCAGCCCUUGCGAUCGCCGCUUGCUUGUGUGCUGCAAUGAGGCUGAGGGUAGAGAGACCUCAUCUGCUGUGUUUGUUUACUCUGAUGCUCCUCUCGUAUUCAUUUUUCUUUGCUUGGAGAGCAAACUUGGAUAUCUCGAAACCUCUCUUUAUGGGUGUGGUUGAGAGAUUCUGGAUGCAGAGCAACGCGGUGCUUGCAGUUCUAGCUGGCCUGGGAUUGUCCUCCCUCUUUUCUCUAGCUGAAGCUGUAAUCCACAACCAUCGAAGUUUACAUUGGUUGGAGUGGGUGGUCGCUGCCGUUCUUGUGACUGGGCAAAUCUACUCCAAUUACAGCCUCUGUGACCAAAGUUGCAAUGAUGUCGUCGAUCAAUUUGCAAGGAACAUUUUGACCUCCAUGCCUCCAGACGCCGUCAUUCUUCUGAGAGGAGACUUGCCGGGGAAUUCCCUUCGUUACCUUCAUUAUUGUGAGGGAACGAGACCGGAUGUUACCUUAGUUGAUCAAGAGAUGAUGACUUAUCCCUGGUACUUGCCCAAAAUAGCUAAACAUCUCCCCGGGGUGCUUUUCCCUGGGGAUCGAUGGAAUCCUGUGGGAGGGCCGUUCCCCGACGGAUCGAUCACCUUUAAUCUUCAUCAUUUCCUCAAAGUAAAUAAACACAAAGAAAUCUUUGUCUGCAUAGGGCUUCACGAAGGCGACCCCACCUGGAAAAGGGCCUAUUCCCUCUGGCCCUGGGGGUCCUGUGACAAGCUUGUGCCUUCGGAAGCUGCCUUCAACCCCGAAGAAUGGGCCGGUCGUACCCGGAACCUCUACAAUUGGAGCGAGCCGUAUGGGAGGUAAGAGGCAAAGAAGCAGUCACAGCUGGUGUGGAAUAGGGGAGGUCUGAUUGUGUCAGUGAUGGAUCUGGUACAACAGAAGAGAUAGAUUCGAAUCCAGUAGCACUUCAGAGAUCAACAAGAUUUUCAAGGUAUGAGCUUUCUGUUUUUUAAAUUCAUUUUUUAACAUUAAGAUUGAUUAAAUGACAAAAAAGCCUCCAGUAUCCUAAAGGCAAAAAGAACAUCACCUUACGUUUAAAAGAAAAAAGAAAAAAAUGCACAAGUGUGCCCGUUUUCCUCUGCCUGGAAUAUAGGCACACUUAAAUUUUUAUUUAUUUAUUUUGUUAUAUUUCUAUGUUGCUCCUUCCCUCUUGGGCUCGAGGCGGUUUUCAACAUGAUAGAAACAUUAUAAAUACAACAAAUCAUAACUAUCUACCAUGCAUUAAUUUGUUUUUUAAAUUAUGUACGUCUAUUAAAACAAGAUGACAAAAACAUUCACUUUUACUGAGCCCUGGUAAAUCUUAAAAAGAAGGG